AUGGAUUUGAAAAGCUAUGAUCUUACGAAGCUCCUAGAUAACCCUGUCAGUUUUCUUAACGAAAACUUCCCGGACGAAUUCAGCUUCUACGGAAUAGACACACUGAUCGCACAGUUGAACGAAGAGAUUAGAAUACAGGAUAAGUCGCUGAUAAACCUGUUUGAACAAAAGGCAAUUUCAGGUGACAAAGUGCACGAAAAGUUUGAAAAUCUUCAGCUUGUCACAAACAAGCUAGAGUCAAGCAUCAAGGAAAUACACGAAAGGUCGAGGAAGGGAGAGAGUUCGCUGAAGUUACUGUCGUCAGACAUAAGAGCUCUGCACAACGCAAAGAUAAACAUAUGCGAAACAAUAGUGACGCUUAAGAGAAUACUAAUGUUCUCGAACAUGCUGGAGGACCUGUCGAAAAGCGCUAAGUCGAGAAACUAUAGGGAAGCAUCAGGAUACGUAGUAGUACUGAAGGAGUUGAGAGAAUCAUUAAAGCUUUUGAAUAAAUCGCCAUCAGUAAAGAAAUUGUUGAACUCAUGCGAUUCGUUGCUGGAAAAGCUGAAGGACCAAGUAACAGAGGACUUAGAAGUCAAGCUGGGACUGAAGCUGACAGACGCACAGCCGGAAGAGCCGCUGAAAGUAGAAGAAGUGUGUCUGUGCGGAGAUGCAUUGGGAGAUGAAAUAAGAGAGUAUAUAUCGAAUAAGUACUCGUCAAAUCUGAAGAAUUUAUACCAAAACAGCUUUUUAAACAGUUUUGACCUGAAGACGGUGGACAACUUGAACCACAGGUUCUCAUGGUUCAGAAGAAUGAUGAACGAGUUUGACGAUAACUUUAGAGGAAAGGUGCCCUUGAGUUGGGGAAUAUACGAAAAGUCGACGGACGCAUUUGUAGAGUCGCUGAGAACACAGCUAAUAGUAAAAGACAUAUUGAGUCAGUCGCACCAGUCGCUCAGCGCAAACAGUUUAGUGUCGUGUCUGUUGAGGUGCAGAGAGUUUGAGGACGAGUUGGAGACGAGGUCGGCGCAGAACACGGAGAAGGAAGCGGUGCCGCAAAGAGCACCGGUGGAGUUCCCAGAAGUGCUAGAGCCGGAGGCGCCGGCGAAAAAGACGAAGCGCCCGGAGAUCAGCAGGAUGCUGAGCAGCUGCUUCGAAGGGUACCUGGGACCAUGGAUAGCAAGCGAAGAAGCACAGCUGUCAGAUCUGCUGUCAAGGAUAAUAUCAGACAAUGACUCGGCAAUAAUGCUUGUUUUCGUAUCAGCAAGGGAGCUGUUCUCGUCAAUAAACGCAAGGCUGCAGGCAACAAUGACAAUAAGCUGCGAACAGGCGUUGUAUGAGAUGUUCCUGGUCUUCAAGAAGGUGGUCAACAAGUAUAACCACCACCUGGCAAGUAAGGUGUACCAGGUGCAGAGAACGGCGGAUCUGGAGUCGAUGGCGAAGAUAGCAGGAAACACAAUCGCAACAUGUGACUACUGCCUAGAUCUGCUAGACAAGCUCACAGACGAGAUCAGAGAGACGAUAUCGCAAACGUUCGUGGAACUGGUGACGUUUGGGCCAGAAAAAGUAGAGAAAGUGUCAUCCAUUAAGUCGGACUGCUUCAAGCAUCUGCUGGACUCCAUGUGCACGUUCCUGCCGUAUACGGCGAACGCACACGCGGAGGUCUCAGGGCCAAGUGAGCUGUUGUUGAAGAACGAAAGGCUGAUCCUGAAGAGGCUGGAGGUGUCGACGCAGUGCCUGCCGAACGUGUACCUGUACCACAUCACGAACAAGAUCGCAAGAAACUACCUGGCGCACUUCAAGGACUUCAUUUUCGCGCUCAACUACGUGUCGGAGGGAGUGACGCAGCAGCUGCUGCUGGACUCGUACGAAAUGAGAAGGUUCCUGACAGACAAGGUCAAGGAGCUGCUGAAGACGCUGCCCCAAGGGUACCUCGACAGCGUGUCCACUGAGAUGAAGAAGCUGGAGACGCUGAUAAAGGUGCUCACAGCGCCGGAGCACUCAAGCGAAGCAUACGAAGGUAACAAUGAUGUGUAG